GAAAGCAUUGUAUACAAUUGUUCCUUUCGGAACUAUGAAUAUUAUUGAAAUAUUAAACUUCCAAACAGAAUGUGAUCUCAUCAGUGAUCUUAUCUUACGAGUAAAAAACGUUCCUAUUUUAAUCGUAUCCUGAUUAUUUUGGCUUUGAAGUAACUGGUCAAAAGUAUACAAAUGCAGCAUACUUGCUCUCGCGUUUCUCGACUUUCUGUGUAUAUAGAGGAGAAGUAUUGUUUUCAUACUGUGUUAGGUGAUUCAGUGUCUUAGUUACCAUCAAGAAUUAUAUAUGUAAAUACAUACAAUCAUGAAUGACAACGGCGAUGCUGAUAUUUACGGUCUCGUUACCGAAUUGAGCAGACACAUAUUACACGUGUAUAGACAACCUUUUCAUCGAAAUGCUCAAUUUAAUCACGACUACGAUGUCAAAACAAUUAAACGUCUUCGGACCAAAGCUUUUGAAAUACUACUUAAAAAAGCUGACAAGAGAACUCUUAGUCAAGAUUACACAGAUUUUGAUGAGAUAGAUCCAGUAAUAGAAAUACAAAAGCAUAUUUUUGUGAUGAAAUUGGGGUUAAAGCGUACAAAUGAUGCUACUACAUUAGAACAUCUCUUAGAAGAACUUGUAGAGUCUUCGUGUUUAAAUACAGCAAUAUGUUCUGUGCUACAACUCUUAGUUCAAUUGAAAGAUUAUAGCAUUGCUCCAGAGCCAAUUACAAAUAUAUUUUGCUAUGGAAAAAGUAAUCCUGUUACACCAGAAAUAACAUAUGGUACAGAGGCGGCAUCAUCGUUUCAAAUAUAUCCCAUGGAAUGUUUUAUAGCAUCCGAUAGAUUUGAAGCAACAUUGAAAACGCAAAAGCAUCAAAUUACACAGGUGAUACCCACAACUGUUAUAAAUGGAUUGUAUUUUUUACACGAGGCAAUAAAAUCCAAAGGCAUCAUUGGAACUGAAUCUAUAGAUAUAUCUUUUGCACCUGAUUUUAUGUCCACUCAUGUAUUUGAUACAGUGUCAUCGCGGACGUCGAUAUUUUCAAAUCAACAUUUUAUAAAAAAUUCAAACUUGGAUCCAUACAUUCUGCAGGAAAUAGUGACUUAUGAAGGCGACAAUGAAAAUGUACAUGUUUCUCCUUCUGACAGGGGACUCGUACCGAGUUAUUCAUAUUCCCCUUUUGCAUGUAUAGAUGCAGUUGGUGUAGAAAAUGAAAGUCUUAUAGAAACGUGGAAGUCUUCUGAUCGUAGCGUUAUCGACGAAAUAAAUAACACCAUAGAUUCUUGGAAUUGCGUAUGGAAUCAGGUCGAUAUCACCGAUGCAUCUCCUUUAAAUCAUCGAACAUGGGAACAUUUUGGAGAGUUACAACCUAAGAAAGAAUCAUUGUUCUUGACUGACUUACCCACAGCUGGAAUACAUUUGGCAAAAAUCAAACAAAUGAACAGUUUACCACUGCUUUCAGAAAAAAUAAUGAGCUCUGUACACCUGCUCGAAGAAAUUUCUACUGAAAAAUUUGUUAAUGAUGUAAAGUCGAUGUUACUUGGGAUAGAGUCAAGUACCUUUGACUACACUGAUACGACGGGAUUCACUAUACGAGAAAAUAUCAGCGUAUAUGGUGUGUGCUCAGAAUCGUUAGCAAAAACGUGCCAAGAAGCUAUUAAUUGGGGCAAUUGUUUCAAAUUCUUAUCGCAUUUAGUUACACCUAAAUUGCAAAGUGGAAAGUUACUACAAGAAGGGCUUAUAUUCAAGACUAUGUGUUCGAAUAUCAAAGAACUACUACUUUAUUAUCAUGCAGCACUUCUAAGAAUUUUCACUUGCGAAAAUAAGUCAGGGAGACUACUGAGGUUGCUUCAGAAAGUACGUCCAGUGGCUACCUUAAUCACUAAAGUUGCUAAGCUUUGCGAACCUUAUAAGAGGGACCAGUGCACGCUUCGAGAAGGAAGCAGUAUUCUCACUAGAAUUUACAAUGAAGCAAUUAAAGUGACGGAUAACAGGAUUGCCUUAGUAUUCUAUUCUUUGUUAAAGUCCUGUUGUGAAGUUUAUUUUCGGUUUUUGCAGAAGUGGAUGUUUGAGGGUAUAUGCGAUGAUAUUUACGGUGAAUUUAUGAUUAAAACGGAACCACAGUAUUUACGGAAUAGGGGGCAUACAUUUUGGACGAAAAGUUUCAGGGUGAGCAACGAAGCUGUUCCAGGUUUUUUAACCGAUUUAGUAGAAUCAAUACUCCAAUGUGGAAAGACAGUUAGACUUCUUAGAAUAUGCGAUUCCAAGAAUCCUGUGUGCCAUGUUUGUAUAACCGAACAACCUGAAGUAAAGGUUUGCUUGAGUGUAACCGCGCUAUCCGAACAAUCAUCGAGAUGUCGAGAAUAUGAAAAGAAAGGUAAAUCUGCGCUUGGUCCGAUACUUUCCAUUUCCACAGCUAUUCUAGACCAAAAACAAUUGGAAAGAAAAAUAGCAGAAUUUGUCGUCUGUGCUCAACGUAGCGCAAUGUUGAAAAUUCGAGAGGAACGGGAUGACGCAUUGAGAAAAGUAGCGCAAGCUAAACGCAAUGUUCCGAUAAGUUUAAAAGAACAAUUUUCGAUUGACAAUGCGCAACAAAAGAAGAUAGAAAACGAAUCAUUGAACAAAACUGAACAUAAUAAACAAGAAAGUGCGACGCAAGAGAACGCACGAUGCGUUGAACGAGCAAAUAUUUUGAAUUACUAUGAGGAUCUAACUAAUCAUAUUGAUAAACGUUUCAUGCGUUCUCGUUGGCGUACUAAGAGAAUGAAUCUUUUUGACGAGAGAGUGGAUGCAUUAACUUCGGCGAACAGAGAUGCACAGGCUCGAUUGAGAAUCACCGAAAAAACUGAUUCUUUAACGAGAUUAGGUUCCUUAGCGGAAACUCCAAUUUCAUUUGAAGAUGAAAAUAAAAAUUACUCGAGAACACCUCAUCAAACGUUUAUUAGAACUACGUCUGAUGAAAUGACAAAAUCAACUGUUGAAACUGGCCGAGAUUUGCGUCAAGGUCGACGCGAACACAGAACAAGCAACAAUAACGAAGAAACCGAUGCUCAUGAUUUUUUGAAUAAUCAAAGACUAGAAGUAUUAAACGAGAGAAUUUUAUCAAAACUAUCACAAAAUAGAAGUACAGUGGGAACAAUCAUAUCUACAGAUAUCGAUAAGUUACAUAUCGCGACACCUCCCAUAAACAAAAAGUCAGAUGAAGAUUUGAAAAAUUUAUCUGUCUAUCGUGUAAAUCCUUCAUGGACAAUUGAAAGGCCCAGUUUUCUAAAUAUUUCCAAAAUCAAUAAUACAACAGAGUUGCAGGUUAGUAAGCACGCGUGGCCUGUACAAGGUAAAAUGACACCAAAUAACAACCAACUCGACGUACAACAAAUCAGGCUUGCACAUAAUAUGAAUGACCUGACGAGAAUGACUGUCGAUGAUGCUAAAAGUAUCACGAAUUUAAAUGAAAGAAAUGAUUUAGAAACACCGAUGUCAUGUACUACAGAUAAUUUUGCUUCGGCGAUACAGAGUCCUAUGUCGCAAACGCAAAAUUCGGACGAUCGAUCUCCUAUGGAAAUCUCAAACUCUGAUACACAUAUCUCCAGUUCUCCGCGAACGUUUACGAAAUCACCUUUAGUCAUAGAGGAAGAUUCAACAUUUCCUGAUCUAUUCGUGUUAGCGCGGGAGGAGUCGACCUCUACGGCGUCAAUAACAGCUCCUUUGACCGUUGCCGAUGUCGAGUUAAUCGAUCAUACUUCCCUUCAAGCUUACCUCGAAAAGUCAAUUCGUAUUCCACUUAACAUACAGAGCUGCCUAAUUAACAACGCUGUCAUUAAAUAUUUUCUCAAGGAAAACAAUUUGCUGCUGCAUUUCCAUAGUCUGCGCAGCUGCUUUUUCUUGUUGAACGGAGAAUUUGCUAAGAGCUUGACGGACUCGCUUUAUACUCGCGUGUACGAGAUUCCGAGACCCGUUGAACUGUUUAAUUCUGCUACGUUAACGAAUAUUUUGGAACGAGCACUUGUUAAUUCAUUCAACAGUGUUUAUGUUAACUCGGAGCUCCUCAGUCUCUCGGCGACGGACACACCAACACAGUUGCAUCUAUCCGAUCCUUCUGCAUUGGAUUCUAUUUCUCUUAAUUACAAAAUAAGCUGGCCAUUGAAUAUUAUACUUGAUGAUACAGUCAUGCAAAAAUAUGGCAAAGUAUUUAAAUUUUUAAUAACGAGCGGUCGAGUUUCCUGGGUGUUGCAAGAAGACUUCAGUAUCAUGAAGAGAGAUCGAAAAGCAGUUACAUCGCAACAGUACCAUAAACUGCAAUUGUACAGGCAUUCAAUGACGCAAUUUAUGAAUGCUUUGCACAAUUAUUUAAUGUGUAGCGUUUUAUAUUCGAGCUGGACUGAGUUUGAAAAGGACUUGGAAAAUUCUGUAACGGUGGAUCAAAUAUAUUUGUCACACGUGCAUUAUAUAAAACGAAUACUUUCGAGAUGCAUGCUUAACUCUCGCAGCGAAAAAGUACGCGUAUGUUUGAACAAUAUAUUUAAGGUUAUUUUGAAAUUUCACAAUAGAUUGCGGUCUCAAAGCUGGAUUUUGAGAUCUACAGGAUAUGUACACCCGAAUUUUAAAAAGCUGGAACAAAUGUACCGAUCAUUCUGUGAAUUACGUGCGUACAUGGCACACGUUGCGUAUAAAUUAGCUACCAGCGGAUAUCAGCCGCAUCUAAUGCAUUUCUUAAAUGCUCUUAACAUUAACCAAAUGUAUGACUUGACUGUUAAGACUUAUCGUGGUUCCACAGGUCCAUCGGAAUUAUAAUGAAU